AUGACUACAUCCGACGAGAAGAAAAAGAUAAUUGAGUCGUCUGACUCUGAAAACGAAGAAGAGGAAGAAGAAACAGAAGAGCAAAUUGCUGAGGAAUACAACACAUGGAAGAAAAAUGCCCCAAUGAUGUAUGCCAAUCUCUCUGAAAGUGUGCUUGAUUGGCAAAGCUUGACAGUCCAGUUUUUACCUAAAUCUGGUGUUUUCCCUGCAGUUGCUGAUACCUCUUCGCCAGAUGUCAUUGAUCUUGAUCUAGUACUGGGGACCUACACAUCAGAUGGCAAGCAAAACUAUCUAAUGCUUGGGUCUGCCAAAUUCUCUGAAAAAAAAACUGUCAAAUCUACAGUUACUAUUGACCGAAAGUUUAAGCAUCAAGGAGAAGUUAAUCGUGCUCGUGCAAAACCCCAGAAUAAUUCCAUUAUUGCGACAGCAAGUAAUACAGGUAUUGUCUAUCUCUACGAUACGGAUAAACAAGAAGAUGGGCCUGUGUCCGAACUUAAAGAACACACUGAGAACGGCUACGGGUUGUCUUGGAACACAGCUAAGGACGGAUACCUGCUAACAAGUGCCGAUGAUCAUAAAACUGUUUUGUGGGAUACAGAAAAGACGACCCCCCUUAGUGUAUAUACUGAUGCCAAAGACAUUGCAAACGACGUUGCAUGGCAGAACCGCACUAACCCCAGUGUCUUUGGAAUGGUUUCUGAAGACAAAAACUUUUAUCUCUACGAUAUUCGUGAAGGCAGCGCCACUGCCCCUGCUCUCACCCACGAAAUUCACGGGUCUGCCAUCAACACAUUGGCCUUUUCACCGGCAUCAGAAUACAUUGUAGCAACAGGCGGAAGUGACCAUGCAGUGGUUCUUUCAGAUCUUCGUAAUAUGAAGCGUCGUUUGCACACACUACUCGGCCACUCAAAAAUGGUCACAUCUCUGCAAUGGUCGCCUCAUGACGAUCGUGUGCUGGCAAGUGCAGGCCCUGAUCGACGUGUCAUCCUUUGGGAUAUAUCGCGCGUCGGCGAGGAACAAAGUCAGGAAGACCAAGAAGACGGUGCACCAGAGUUACUGUUUAUGCACGGCGGUCAUACUGCUGGUGUCGCUGAUUUCUCCUUCUCCGAGCGGUAUCCAUGGGUUGUUGCUAGUGUGUCCGAAGACAACAUUUGCCAGCUCUGGCAACCACAGCCUGCUGUGGUGGGUCGGGCCAAGCCGCAUGUCAAAGCUUCUGACUUGGAGUAA